GAGGUCAGAAGGCGCGAAUCGCGCUCGCGCGUGCUAUUUAUGACGUCGACAAAUCAGACAUGGUCUUUCUAGACGAUGUGCUGUCAGCGGUGGACGGCCAUGUGGCUCAGUGCAUCAUCCAGGACGUGAUCUUGGCUCAAUGCAAGUUCAGAGGGCGCACUUGCGCUCUCGUGGCGAACACGUUCCUGCCGCUGAUCCUUCCUCACGCCGACAGCGUUGUCGUGCUGACUGAGGGGGGCCGGGUCGAGGUGGCGGGACACCCGAAAACCGCGAUGCUGGAAAGCCAGUGGCUACGCCAGGUUGUGGAGGCAAUGGGGGGGUGCGAGAUCGACGAGAUCCGCGACGGGGUGAAUUGCAUGGGUGAUUCACGGUGCGAUGGCAAGGCGAGCAGGCACGACAUGGCAUUGCACCAGCGGGCCAAGGAGGAUUCAAGACCGAAGCAAUUGAGCGUGGAUGUCAUGCAGCGAAGAGGGUCGGCAGACGGAUCCUUGCAUGUUGCCGAGGAGCGCCGUGUGGGUGUGAUGGACUUGAGGGCCUACGCGGCAUACUUCCGGCAAGCGACGCCCAGCCGGAGUUUGAGCGCAGGUCUUGCGACAUUUGCAGUGGUGGUCGUCUUGGUUGCCCUGGCGGAGGCCUGCCGCACCUCGACGGAGCUGUGGGUCAUGUUCUGGGUGCAGCAGGCGUCGCGCGGCGGCGAGAACGGCAAGGGCUUCUGGAUCGGGAUUUACUCGUCGCUGCUGGUUGCCAUCUUCACCUGGGCCGUGGCCGCCAUAGGCAGGCAGACCCACGGCAGGAUCGUCGACAAGGUGCUGGGCGCCUCGGUGCCCCUGUACUUCGACGUCACGCCCCUGGGGCGGAUCCUCAACCGCUUCUCGAAGGACCUGGACGCGCUGGACCUGCAGCUGCCCGAGAUGAUGUCGGAGUUCUUCCAGGGCUUCGCGUAUGUUUUAGCAACCGCGGUCAUUUUCGUCAGCACCUCCUACUGGCUGAUCGCGUUCAUCGUCCCCCUGUUUUUCGUCUUCGUGCGCAUCCGCAAGAUCUACAGCACGACCGCCCGCGAGCUGAAGAGGCUCGAGGCGAUCACGCGGAGCCCGCUGUACGUGCACUUCUCGGAGACGAUGGCCGGUCGGGUGCACAUCCGCGCCUUCUCUCUGACGCAGCAGAUGCUCGAGGAGUUCGAGACCAGGGUGGACAGGAACGCACGGAUAUUCAUCCACCAGUACGCUCUGGUGCCCUGGCUGAUCUACCGCGUGAACAUUCGGGGCCCGGGAGACGCGGCCCUCAUCGGGCUGUGCCUCGCCUCGGGCGCGGGGCUCAUCGGGAAGCUGCACGGCACGGUGACGUUCUCGAUCGAGACGGAGCAGGCGGAGCCGCGUUGCCGGCUCGGCGUUCUCGCGGGCUGGCCCGAGCACGGAGAGGUUGCCUUCGAAGACGUGCGGAUGCGGUACCGCCCAGGCCUGCCUCUCGUGCUGGACGGCGUCUCCUUCCGAGUGGGCCCAGGGCAGAGGGCCGGCAUCAUCGGCCGCACGGGCUCCGGGAAGUCCUCCUGCACGAAGGUGCUGCUUCGCCUGGUGGAGCCGUGCGGGGGCCGGGUCCUCCUGGACGGCGUGGACGUCUCGCAGGUGCCGUUGUCGGUGCUCCGCGGGCAGGCGCCUCCUCCUCCUCCUCCUCCUCCUCCUCCUCCUCCUCCUCCUCCUCCUCCUCCCUCCUCCUCCUCCUCCUCCUCCUCCUCCUCCUCCUCCUGCUCCUCCUCCUCCUCCUCCAGUUUUUUCGUCCUCCUCCUCCUCCUCGUGAUCGUGCUCUUGCUCUUGCUCUUGCUCUUCGUAGUCCUCCUCCUCCUCCUGCUGCUGCUCCUGCUCCUCCUCCUCCUCCUCCUCCUCCUCCUCCUCCUCAUCAUCAUCAUCAUCAUCAUCAUCAUCAUCAUCAUCAUCAUCAUCAUCAUCCUCAUCCUCGUCCUCCAGCUCCUCCUCCUCCUUGUCCUCGUCGUGACUCCUACUCAUCUUGCCUCCUCCUCCUCCUCCUCUCCUCCUCCUCCUCCUCCUCCUCCUCCUGCUCCUCCUCAUCGUCACCGUCGUCUCUCCGAAAUCACAUCUCUCCGAAAUCAUCUUGGUUCGAGGCCUGAGCCUCCUCAGGGCCCGCUCGCCGCCUCCUCCUAUAGCGGAGCGGCCAGCGCGCGCGGGCGCGCGCCGAGGGAGGCCAUGGGAGACGUGAAGCCCGGGGAGGUGGAGGAGAGUUCUGCCGGACCAACCGCUUGGACGAGAAGGCGAUCCAGAACAUGCUGGGGGAGCCCCCGCACAUCCAGCGCGUCGUCAUGGACCGCGGCCCCGUCGCGGACUGCAGAAACCCGAGCUCGGCUCUGAUCGGCCGCAUUCGCGACGCGAAACUGGAGACCAAGUAUGGUGCCGGAGGUGCUGGAGGCUCCACCAGCAGCGACACAGCGAGGUCCCGUUCGGCCGGCAUGGGCGGCGGGCUGGCCGGCCUGGGCGUCGAUCGCGCGGUCUCGUUCCAUCCAGUCUCGGCGGCGGGCUGGCCGGCUACGGCGGCGUUGGAGCCGUCUGGGGGCCUGAGGUGGUCCAGCAUUGGCUCCAGCCAGCAAGAAGGGCGGGCAGGUUCGAGGCUCUGAGUUCGGGAGAGUUUGUUCGCUUUUUUUCGACCCCCAGGGGCCGCUUUCGGGCCCCGGGACCAUGAAAAAC